AAAAACAGAACAGUUCUGCCAGCAAUCUCAUAACAGAAACCAUACCUCGGGUGGAAAAUCCGUGAGGAAAAGUCGAGUUUUCUGUUAGUAGCGUUCUUGUUCUCGCAGCGUGGAGUCGGUUCUCUUCUUUGUAGUGUUCAAGUGGAUACGGUGACGGCAUCAGUUGCGUUAUCAGGCAGGCCUGUCGUGUGAUGUGAUAAGAAAAACCUGACCAGCUUGGCACUGCAGCUGGAGAGCUUUUAAAGCAAACCGAGAGCAGCUCAGGUGCAAAGGCAAUUGUAUUGUUGCUUAGUGGGGCAGUGAGAUCGUUCCGGGAAGCUGUGCUUUUGCGUGUAGCGAAAAAACUUAAAAUUGAAAGUGAUUAGUGUGCAACGAGGUUUGAGGGAAUUCAUUAAAAAUGAGUGGAAAUGUAUCAUUGUUUUCACGAGUAUCUAGAGUCAUGUUCCAACAGUGCGCCCGGAGUUCUGGGGCCUCUGUACCGCCUGUGGUAGGAAUCAGAAAAUGUGAACAACAGCUGAAAGGAACAGUUUUCUGUGAUUCGUCACCUCCGAGAAAGAGUUGUCAUACUGUGGCAAGCAGAAGUGCCGGCAGAACCACUUGUAGGAGUAAAUUUAAUUUCAAACUGAACAACAUCACCGACCACAGGGUGUCUCCGUCCCUGUUCGUAGGAUUAGGCAGCAGUAGGCGAGCUUACACACAGGCCGCAUCUACACUAACAAGGGAGCAACUCCACGACUUGGUAUAUCGCCUCAACGAAGAUGAAAGGGAAUUGCUAAUGAAUACACUGAAGCAAUUUGAAUCGAACAAGCAGAAAGCCCAGUUUGAAGGACAGCUGGCAGCAACGGUUUGGCGAAGUAGGUUCGGUCGGCCAGCGAAAUUGAAACCGGUACUAGGGGAUGUAGAUCCUACCGGUUCCUACUGUGCGGUACCGGAAGAUUGGCUGCAGAAAAAAUUUGCGGCAACGGUACCAGCUCCACCCCCGAGAGAUCUGUUCCAAUUGGGACUCGUAAAUGCUCUACCGUUCAUCGGAUUCGGUUUCCUGGAUAAUUUCACCAUGAUUAUAGCGGGAGACUACAUCGAGCAUACGCUUGGUAUGUUUAUGUGCCUCUCGACGAUGGCAGCAGCCGCUUUGGGUAACACAAUUAGCGACGUGAUUGGCAUCGGUUCGGCAUUCUACGUGGAAAAGCUGGCGGAAAUGAGUGGCGUUAAUCCACCGAAACUAUCCCCCAUCCAGCUGGAGAUGAAGUCUAGCCGACAAGCGGCCAAUAUGGGACGUGUCAUAGGCAUAACCAUCGGCUGUCUGUUGGGAAUGUGUCCGCUUUUGUUCAGAAGUGACGAUGAGAAGGAUGGAAAAUCGAAGGAGGACAAAACGGAGAAAAUAUCCGAAACCACAGAUGCUGCAAAGUGAAGUACUUCUCCAUGCGCUACACUGAGCAGGGAGAGUGGUAACUUCGAAUUUAGUCAUUUAUUCUAGCACUGCUGAUUCAUCGAUUAAAGUUUUACACGAAACGACAAACGGCCACUUGUUACGUUAACUUGGUAGAUUAGCCGGCACUUAGUUACGGUUCGCAAUAAUAAAAUUAUGUAAAUAAUCUGUUCAAUCUAUGUAGUGUAUACAUACGCAGUUGUUCUCUGCCACUCUUUUAACUCGAGUUCUAAUUACCUAGAUAUGUAUUGUUAUUUAUUAUGCACACUUUAGGUUUAGUUGUGCGUUGCCAGCAGGUGAUUGUACAUAUUAGAAAUGAAACUGAUCCAAAUUUUAGAAGCGAGUAAAAGUAUCGUUUAAGCUAUCAAGAGGUGCUCAAACUAGCUGUUUGUUUCCAUUAAUUGAUAUUAAAAGUUAUAUGCUACUAUUAUUACCUGUUGAUAAAAAACCAUGCGCCUCCAUUAACUCUACCGCACUUCUUCCGUAGAUGUAGAGCUGUUGAAUAUUUUUCAAUCGGUUAUCAUUACCAUUUUUUGCCGCUUGGUAGAUAUUAUUCAACAUAACAGGAAGAAAAAACUGUUGAAACUUAGAAAGCCGACCAUUAUAUUGUAGAAAUAAAACACCAAAAACAAAGUGAUUGUUAAGAUCACUAACCUUUUUGUUUCCAAAUUUCUUCAAGAUAUGAAAGUCAUUGACGGGGAGUGGGAUUAUUAAAUCGAGAAACUAUACGAAAAAUUUGAAUUACGAAAAAGGAAUCUCCAAGUUCAAUAAGACGAGCAUCACCUAAUACGUCAAGAGGGACCGAACUUUUUUUUCAUAUUAGCCGUGGAGUUUGUAUUACUUGCUCGGGGAUAAAAAAUGAAAUAACAAAUGAAGAAAAAAAGGAGUUGAGCUUUUCUGCACACCAACAAACACUGAGAUGUAAUCACCAAAACUAUAUACAAUAUAACGAAAAUCAUAUAGUUAUACAAUCCACUAAGGUGCUCAUAAGUAAAUGUCAUAAACACUUGUUGCUUGAUUCGAGGGAUUUCACGCCAAUUUACCAAGGUUUGUGAGUUUGAUAAAAUCGGUAAAUUGCAUAGUUGAAAUAAACUAUAUUUCUUCUAUAUGUUGUUCAUACAUUGCAAGAAAAUUCACAUAUUUUUACAGACAGAAUAAUCGAUUAAAUAGUCCUAUCUUAAACUUUAUUGACUAUUCUAUAAAAAUAUGUAAAUUUUAUUUUUUUUUUGUUUUCGACAAAAAAUAAUUUAAAUAAUCAGAGGUAUGUUGAAAGUUUAAAGUGGGUCUGUGGUAUCAAGGAAUAUAAACUUGGCUGAUCUUGUCGAAACAGAAAAAUGAGUUGAAAAAAACUAUGGAACUAAGAUAAGUUUGCGUAAAGUUCCUCAUUUCUCAUCCCUUUCCCAGCGCUAAUGAUUUAGUUUUUUUUCUACUGAUUCUGCGGGAAACAAAAUAACAAAAAUUCAGAAUACUUGCCAGGCUUGCAAUUUGAUCGUUUCAACUCAGUCACACCAGAAAGAGGUGCUUACAAUCUAUCUGAAACCAACGCUUCCUAUAAUACCAGCGACUGCAGUCGUGAAAUAUAUUUGUUCUAACCACCACUCAAACCACAAACUGUGGUUCCAUUCCUAAGCGGGUCCUCAUCUGCAGUAAUAAAACAAAUAUCUAGUUCUACAAACACCCCGUUCUUAUAUCACCCUGCCUUACAAAUAGAAGAAACUAUUAGAUGCUCACCUACUGUUAAAACUAAAACUCGGAUUUAGAUAUAUAGAGUAAAUUAUUGGGAAACAAACAAAAAACUAUUUCGGCAUGUUUGACACUCUUUGAGAGAAAUCUAUUUUAUAUACCACUAUUUGUCGUAGUGCUCGUGAAUCGAAUCGUAGAAUCGUUGAUACAGAUAAAAAACACUACAAAAUUUCGAAAAAAUGUUCACUUAAGUAGAAAAGCAGUCGCUUGUAACAGAUAAUUUUUUAUCAGUCAUAGAAUUUUCUUCGAUGAAAUAUAUACGUGUAUUAAGUAUAACGUAGAAUAGUAGAAUGAAUUGACUGUAUGCGGUUCUUCCAUGACAACAAAAAAAGCAUUCACCGUUCAACGGAAAAGCAACAGACUAGAGGCAGGAAUUUUAGUAAUUAUGCGGGUUUUGCAAAGCAUUGAUCAAACCAAGCAACAUUAUUUAGUAUUAACAUAUUGUACCGUGUGUUCAUUUAGCAAAUGACAACAGCAACCAACUAUUUAGUAGCUUCUGCAGCAGCAACAGCUACAGGCAAUGUUAAACUCAAACAGAAUUGAACUAACAUUUUAAAACUGACGAUACAAAAACACAAAAUCAAACUAACCGAUUCUAGUGAUUGGCGGAAAAGACGUGGCAUACUAAACUUGCGAUAAUGUAAUAAUGGAAUAAAUAUUAAAACUCUUAACAAGUGUGGAA